GUCAAAGAACAACACAGUGACGUGUUACUGGUGUCUGCUAGCAGCGAGCUAGCCGGCUAGCAGGGAAACAAAGAGGGUCGGAUUAGCCGGAACCUUUUCACACAAGACUUUAUCGACAUGACCCAUAUUUAGAGCCACAGAGGGUUUGUUUAGACGGGCUUGAGUGUCGAUCAACGGGUCACCGCGUGACGGAUGACAGAUUUACAGCGUUUUACGUUAGCAUGCUAGUUGGCUUUUGCUAGGUUGGGUUAGCCUGUAACCAAGCGCCUCUGCGGAUUGGAUACGAUGGUCAAAUAGCUGUAAACAUUCAUUAAAAUGAAAAUGAAAGCAUAAAGAGGCGUCUUACUUGGUCAUAUUUCAUAAAACCGAUUCGCUGGUGAAGCUGUCAGCCAGCUAACCGCUGCAGAGCGAAGGAACAAGGUGAGGUUAGCUGCUAAUUGUUGUCUGGCGAAGAGAAAAACAUGGGCAACUGUCUGAAAUCGCCGACAUCGGAUGACAUCUCUCUGCUUCAUGAGUCCCAGUCGGACAGGGCGAGUUAUGGGGACGGGGCAGACCCAGAUCUGGAGCCUCCUCCGCCGUAUGAGGAGCAGGCCCGCAUGCCUGUGUACCAUCCCACACCCAGUCAAAGGUGUCUGGCCAGUCAGCUGACUGAGGAGGAGCAGAUUCGCAUCGCUCAGCGCAUUGGCCUCAUUCAGCAUCUGCCCAGAGGAGUGUUUGAUGGCGCCAAGAACGGCUCGGAGAAGAAGAUCAGAGAGUGUGUGAUUUGUAUGAUGGACUUUGUAUACGGGGACCCCAUCCGGUUCCUGCCCUGCAUGCACAUCUACCACAUGGACUGUAUAGAUGACUGGCUCAUGCGCUCUUUCACCUGCCCUUCCUGCAUGGAACCAGUGGAUGCUGCACUUCUCUCCACUUAUGAGACCAACUGACCAGACGACAUGAAACUGUGCGUUAUAGAAACCCCCUCCCCCCCUUCCAUCCCUCCACAAGAUCCAUCCAUCAAGGAACAAGUAAAAAUCUCCUUGCAGAGCAAGACGACACCCAGGGUCUUUUACUUACUGGGGCUGUUCUGGGCAGUUAAGGGUUUAGAAUGAAGGUGUUCAUGUCAGUCCUUGAAGAUCCCCAGUCAGUACACAUUUUUUUUCCUUCUGUUCCAGCUCAGCGGACCAGUCUGAGCCCAGUACUCAACAUACCAAAGCUUUUGAUCACCUAACUGUGGUGUGUUGGGAGCUAAAGCGAAAGAGAAGUGUUGAUUGACUGGGGACCUUUGAGAACCAGAUGGAAGACCCCUGGGCAAAUGUUUCAGCAGGAGGUCAUGGUUUUAAGCAUUUACGAUAUCGUCAUGUGUUCCUAAUAUCAACCAAAACCCUAAAUUACAUGAUCCCUGGACAGGUUUUGGCAGGUUUUCCCUUCAUAAGCAGUUGUUAUGCUCAGAAAACCCAAAUGACUCCACUCGAGAGAUUUGACCUGAUGUUGCUGUAUAGGUCACCAUCGCUGUUACUUAAUGUUCCUGUUCUUCUCAUCUUAGCUAAAUGUGGGGAGCUUUGUGAUGGACGGCUGCUGGCAAAAGGAGCUUGUUCAGCUGUAAAGGUUGACCAGAGGGACACAUGUUUUUACGGAGGGGUGUGCAAUGAUCUCCUGGCUAACGUGCAGAUGAUGUUACAAGUCUAUUAGACCAAAUCAUCUGUUAACAUCAAGAAGGGAAUUAUUGGUCUAUGCUAGGGUCGUAGCCAGUACACUGUUCUGUUACAAUAUGUUGCAUUUUCUUGUUGACCAGUUUAAAUUUAAUGAAUUUAAAGGUGAAUUGAUUUAAUUUCCAGUAAGCAAAAGUUCCUAUUUAAAUAGGCAGGUGCAUCAUUCAGGUUGAGGAAUGCUUUGAAUUGUGAGCUUCAGGGUGCAAUAGGCAAGUGGUUCCCGCUAUAUAGGCCUAUUAAAAAUAAGGCAUGUCGCUAAAUGGUUUUUGGGGACCACUUUUCGAGAACUGCUACAAUGUGCCACACUAAAAGUAAGCAUCUGCAAAGAGAUAAGACACAAAUAUUUCGUCCAUUUUCGCCUAGAGAAACUGUGAUGCAUGGUGGUGUAAGGACAUCAUACAUUGGUGUGCAAAAUUUUAGAGAUGGACGUGGUGGAUGGCUAUGGCCUUCGAAGGCUGCUGAGGUACAUUUGAGCCAAAGCUAGCUCACGGUCUUUGUGUCCAUUUUUAAUUUGGGCUAGAAAUGAAGGGUAAAUAAAACUUCAGAAUGUAUUGAAUGCAAAUAUUUUACCUAUUUUACUUCAGAAGUAUCUCAGAACUGUUAGUUUUCUGACUGAUAUUAUGAUUGGUUGUGUCCUUGAUUUUAGGCUUGCCAGUUAAUAAUUACUCACUGAAUAAUGACAGUCAAUAAUCAGCCAACAGAAUUUGCCAGAAUCUGCCUCCCUAAACAGUCAUACACAUUUUGAGUUACUUGCACUGCUCAUAUUGUCAGUGCAUACAUUUUUAUUGGUAAGUUUUAGAGUUCAUCAUUAUUGCAUACACAUUUUAAUUAAUUUUUGUGUGAAAUUAUACUUCUAGCUGCCGUAGUAUUAAUUUCAUAUGUGCUUUAGUGUUUACUCUGGGCCUGUCACAGUUAUUACAUAACUGAUCCCAAUUAUUUAAGCUGAUUGCAUUUAUUUUUAACAGUUGUUAGCUUUCACAAUAAAAGAAAAAACGAGGGAAACCUGGGCCUUACAAAAACAACAGAAGUUAAAACUUCUUUAGACGGGCAGCGGUGAGCAGUGUCUGUUUAUUUGAGCUUGAGCUGUUUCUGUUGUCAGCUGGGAGCUGCCAAGUAUCGACAGCUAAGAAGCAAGAUGGCUUUUCACCCAAAUAGGCUUCUUCUUUAAUAGUUCACAGUGAUUUAUGUAGCAAUUAGUGAUCAGCUAGAAUGUCAUGUUUGUGACAGGCUGGUUUUAAUAUUAUCACUGGCCUGGUUUGGAUGCUGUGAAUAAGCAUGACCCUGUUUUUUUAAAACCUUGCACAGAAUUUAUACAGGCUGUAUGUUGCCUCCUUGGGAGAUCAUUGCACACCCUUGAACUCCAGUUACACUGUAAGACAAAAUUACAUUUCUUUUUUUCACUUAGAAUUCAGCGCCUACAACAAAAUAAGGAUGGUAUCUGUAACAAAACAUUAACUGUAACGAAAGUAUGUACUUGAAACACUGUACAAUGGACCCUACAGGGCCAAUGCAUCCUUGCACUUUCCUUGACUCUUCAUGUUUAUUCCUGCCGGUGGUGUCUUCUCAAUCAGUAUUUCCAAAGGCACAGAAAUCUUACAGGUGUCGGCCAAUUAUAAAAGGGCUCAAUUGUGCAUGGGGAGGGGGGUUUGAACCAAAUAACCACCUGUCUCAAAUUUCAUUAGAAACGCUUGCACACGAAAAUAGUAUAUACUAAACUUUAGAGAUUUGCACUUUACACACAAUAAUUAUAAAAACGUAUUUAUGUGUAUCCUUGCACCGGUUCUUUUUUUUUUCUUUUCCUGUGCAAAUUCUUCUUUCAAUAGUUCUGUUGACUAUGAUGGAUUUUACGUUCUCUCAAAUGCAAAUAGAGUAGAUUAUGUAGUUUUUUUGCAUUUGUAAUGAUCGGAAUACCCUGAGUACCUCUGAGUUAGAGUACUUUAAAUCCAUGAUUGUUCCACAAACUAACAGUAUCGAAGCUCCUGUUGUUCAGUUCUUCAUUAGUCAAAACGAAGCCUUUAUUCCAAACUGAUGCUGUUCCCAUGGUAGCCUGAGCCAUGGUCAAUAAAAAUGCAGACUAUUGAA